AUGAAUAAGGGAUCUGUGACUUCGUUGAACGGAGAAAAGGAGCCGGAAAUUGACGUAAUCACUUGUCCACUAUGUUUACGUCACUUUACUUCUCCGAAACAGCUGGACUGCCUCCAUAACUUCUGCGAGGGAUGUUUAACAGCUUACAUCACCUCCAGCUCUGAAGAAUGUGUACAGGAGGGAAAAUUCACCUGCCCGGUUUGUCAUAUCCCAACCAUUGUGCCUGCUCCAAAUUCCAGCCAUGACUCAUGGGCAGGGCAGCUCCCCAACAAUAGCUUGAUUACGUCCCUUGCGGAGGGAAUCCCUUUGAACAACGACACGCAGAUCUGCACACCCUGUAAACGAGAGGGAAAGUCAACUGUUGCAAGGCAUUGGUGCAGGGACUGUUUUGAACCUUUAUGCGACUUCUGUAAGGGAAUUCAUCGAAAGAUUAAGCAAAUUAAUGGCCAUCGAAUCAUCCCGCUUGAAGAAGUCCGGAACAAGCCUGGCAACCAGAGAUUUGAAUCAAACACAGACCAAACGUGUACCGUGCAUAAAGGUAAGAAUGUCGAGUUGUUCUGUCCGGUGCAUCGAAAGCUCUGCUGUGUUGUGUGCUUUGCAGCGACUCAUCGAGAAUGCCCAGGAAUCAAAACGAUUGACGAGUUAUCAGGCGACAUCAAGAGCACGGGAGAACUGACUGAAGUUGUAGACGCCAUGACAGAAAUCAUUCAGAGAGCAGACGAACAGAUUGCCGAAAAAACACAGACAGCAACAAUACUGAACUUCAAAUACACGGAACUGACAGAAAAGAUAGAGUUAUUGACCAAAAAGGCAAUCGAAAGACUCGAGGUUCUUCGAGACGAGUCAUUAAAAAGGUUCGAAAAGUUUCAUUCAAAAGAGUCGAAAAAGAUCGAGAAUCAAAAGGAUGUUCUUCAGAGCUGGAAACUUGCAAUGGAUCUUGAUAUGAAAUAUCUCGAAGCAGUUGCUAAACACGGAAACUCCUCGUUACUAUUCAUAACAUCUGAACGUUUACGUCAUCAAAUAGGAUUUCAUCGAGAAAUUAUGGAAGUAGACAGGGAGAAAGCUGAAGAUUUAGAUUACAAAUUUGAAUUUAAUGAACAGUUUUUAAUAACAGCCGAGAAAAUGACAUCUCUUGGGAAACUAAAGCUCCUCCGUGCGCAAUUUAAGGUUGACAACCAUGACAACAAAGAGACUUCACCGGAGCAGCCCGCUCAUAUCGGAAACAUUACGUCACGAGGAGCCGGAACUUACACAGGCAUGUCUGGUAAGGUUUCUAACAUAGUCAACAAUAAUCCGGAUCCGGUCAGCCUGAAAAUGAUCAAGGAGAAAGAUUAUGAUGGCUCUAUGCCUAAUGAAAGGAGGAUAGUUUGGUUUACGGGAGGAAUGUUCAUGUCUGAUGGUCUUUAUUUUCUCAUGGCUGAUUACAAUAAUCACAAACUCAAAAAGUUUAAGAAAGAUGUCUAUCAUCCAGUAAUGGAGUUUCCGCUGGAGUCAGCUCCUUGUGACGUCACACCAGCGGGUGAUGAUGAGAUCAUAGUAACCCUCCCACACGUUUGUAAGAUUGCUCGUUAUCGUAUUCGAAACGAUUCACUGAAAUUUCUGGGAGCUGUAACAACAUUCUCUGCCCCGGAAGGUGUGGCGUGCAUGGCGGACAAGACAGUGGUGUCUUUCGGGGAUUGUAUCAAAGUUUUUGACGAGGACGGAGGUGAAGUUAUUUCAAUUCCAACUGAAGAAAGUUUUACUUAUACCGCUCCUGUAGUAGUGUCACGUGACAACAAAAGAUUUUACCAUCGUGAUGGCGACGCAAUUGUUUGUAGGUCGACCGAGGGAGAAGAAUUAUUCAGAUAUCAGGAUCGAGCGCUGAGAGAACCGGCAGGUAUUGCUUUAGAUUUUGAGGAGAACAUUUACAUCUGUGACUGCAAAUCGAACACGAUCUUCCAGGUGACGUCAGACGGUACUCGUGGGCGGAUCAUUCGUUCUUCCCGAGUGUGUGUUGGCAGUCCUAUUGGAAUAGGGUUCGAUAGAACCGGAAGUAGAUUGUGGCUAACAUCGAAUAUACGAAGAUCCGGACAACUCCUCACCAUGUUCUAUUUAGUGAAUUGAUCACUGUGGGUGGAUCUAGUAUUUAUUCUAUUUAGUUAAUUGAUCACAGAGAGUGGAUCUAGUAUUUUACUAACUGGUCUCUUUAAAAAGAAAUUUUAUUUAUUUAUGUUUCAUACACAAUUCACUGAUUUGGGAGUGAUAAUAGUGUUAUUGUCUUUCUAUACUCACUACUGUGGUUCACUAUGCAACAGUAAGAUUUUUUUUAGAAUUAACUCUUUUUUUAU